AUGUCAACAUACGUGGUUGAAAGGGUUGGAUAUGGUGUGAAAUAUGUGAGAGUACUAUCAUUUGACUUUAGCAAGGCGUUUGACAGUGUUCCACACGACAUACUAUUUGGAAAAGUUAAGAAAUUGCCUUUUAACCCGUACAUCAUAAAUUGGAUAAUAGAUUUCUUAAAAGAUCGCAAACAGAGAGUAACAGUUGAUGGCAUCACAACCGAGUUCUUGAAAAUUAAUCGUGGCGUGCCUCAGGGGACUAUUCUAGGCCCGAUACUAUUUUCAAUAAUGGUAAAUGACAUUAAACCAGUCAAUCCAAUCAAUGAACUCUGUAAAUUCGCUGAUGAUAUAACAAUAGAAGCCCUGGGCUAUGAUGAGGAUGAUACAGGUGCUGAAAAGGUAGAAAAUAUGAAAUUAUGGUCGGAUGAAAAUCGAAUGGUGCUGAAUAUGAAUAAAACAUACGAAAUGAUUGUUUGUGGGAGAACAUCUAUACCUCUACCCAGUUGCAUUCCGUCCAUCAAACGGAAAACAUGGCUCAAGAUACUUGGAAUUACCCUUGAGGAAAUACCGGAAAAUUGGGAUAUACACUUCGAAGAGAUGCUUAAAAAAGCGAGUGGACGAAUGUACAUCUUACGG